CGAAGAGGUGACGUCACUCAGGAAGAGACGGCCGACGUUUUAACAGGUAAACAAACGAGUUCCACUCCCGAACGGCCCAGACAGGUUCAGCUUUGACAUGAAUGAAGUGAGUGACCAGCUGCCAGCAGACCCCAUCUCUGCAGUUGGAGUAAUCACUGCACUCAACAAGGCCCCUGAUGGCUACUAUGUUGUUGCACAAACAACAGAUGGCUCUGACGCCGACCUGUGGAAGGACGGCUUAUUCAAAUCCAAGGUCACACGCUACCUCUGUUUCACCAGAAAAACUGGGGCUGACAUUGUUGUGGACAUGAAGCUGAUUGACAUUAAGGACGCAUUGCCAGAGGGCUUCACACCUGUGGAAGAAACAUUGGACACAAAGGAACCUGCCAUAAGGAAGAGGAGGCUCUGCGUGAAAAUCAUCCCUUGUGCGGCUGCUGUGACAGCUAUAUAUGACAUCCAGAUUAUUGCGAAGUCCAAGUACCGUCUUGUGAACUACACCUGUGUCGGUGAGAUAAACAGCAUGGGGAUAUGGUACCGAAUGGGAGAUGUUUCUCAGCAUCAGUCAUUCCAGGAAACGUCCAGUACAGAUAACUGUGACGCUCCAGCCAACACUGCAAGCAGGAGGACCACGAGCAGGCCGGAAUAUGAGCCCCAGAGCAGUGGAAUCUACACCAUGACAGCUCUGGACGAUGUGCCCUUUGCGAUCCCUGAGAAGUUUUAUGAAAACCGGAGAGAGAUGCAGCAAGUCAAUUUAAUGGGCAUUACGAUCAAAUCCCUGGCAGAGAUCGAGGAGGAAUUUUACUACAACUUCGCCACAGAGUGGAGCAUUGCUGUGUAACUUUCUACCCAGCGUUCAAACCCCGGCAAACAGAUCCACGUCAACUGAAACACUACAGAUGGAUUACUUAAUGUAGUAAAUAAUGUAGUAUCGAAAUUAAGUUCAGGAUGCACUGCAAAUGUAAAUUGUGUAAUUUCAGACAGAAAACGCUUUUUAACAAUGAUUCAAUACUAGAAUUUUUCAAUACUAGUAUUUUUGAUAAUGUACUGUGCACAUACAUUCUUAAAACAUUUUCAACUUAUUUAUCCUGACCUCUAAAUUGUAUGUUCUGUCUUAUCUUACUUAGAUAGUCCCACAAUAAAUGUCUUGACCAAAAUAAACCCAGCUAAUUCAUAUCCCUAAACAGAUGAAUUAAUAAAAGUCUGUUUGCUGUGACUCACAUUUUGUUAAUCAGAGCAACAGGGCAGUGCCAACAGUGAGGAGCAGUCAGGGAGGACAAAAGGGAACAGAGAAGCAGCCUCGUCACACGCAAACAUGCUCCCUCUGAUGUUCAUUUUCCAGCGGAAGAAUCUAUCCAUCACAAAGUUCAUCAUGAGCAGCGUGCAGCAAUAACAAGCUUUGAGACGCAGGAGCCUUUUACCAAAGACGCCCGCCCACGUCAGCAGUGACUCCUCUCCUGAGUCAGGUCUUUAAGAAGAGAAAAUAACACGUUUCAGCUUUCUGAAUAUCUUAUUGAAUAUGUUGUUCUAUAUACAGCUGUAUGGAAAAUGGUUUGGAAAGAAAAGCAGAAAAAUUUACUUUAUUUUUUUAUUUUUAUAUCCACCAAGUCUUAUUUUUCUAAAUAUCCAAAGCACAAGAAAAUGUUUUUUUUGUUCAGAAGCAGAAUUUACACUUGGAUACCAAAACAUCACUAGUUUCUUACUCCUGCUCACAUGUGUCAUUUGCAACUAAUUGAGUUGUCAGAAUCCAUUUGCACAUUUUUGCAGGUCUAAUACAUAUUAGAAAACUCA